AUGUCCCGCCUGCUGCACGUAGAAGAGUGGGCUGAAGUGAAGGAGUUAGGGGCCCACCAUCGCCCCCCCCCGCCGCCCCACCUCCCGCAGCCGCCACAGCCACCUGCGACCCUGCAGACGAGAGAGCAUCCCGCGUACCCGGCCGAGCUGUCCCUCCUGGACGGCACAGACCCACGCGCCUGGCUGGCUCCCACUUUGCAGGGCAUCUGCACGGCACGCGCCGCCCAGUACUUGCUGCAUUCCCCCGAGCUGGGUGCCUCCGAGGCGGCGGCGCCCCGGGAGGAGAUGGACGGCCGGGGGGAGCUGGGGAGGAGAAGCGGCGGCGGCGGCGGCAGUAGCAAGAGCCCGGGCCCCGUCAAAGUGCGGGAGCAGCUGUGCAAGCUGAAAGGCGGGGUGAUGGUAGAUGAGCUGGGCUGCAGCCGCCAGCGCGCCCCUUCCAGCAAACAGGUGAACGGGGUCCAGAAGCAAAGGCGGCUGGCGGCCAACGCCAGGGAGCGGCGCAGGAUGCACGGGCUGAACCACGCCUUCGACCAGCUGCGCAACGUUAUCCCGUCCUUCAACAACGACAAAAAGCUGUCCAAGUACGAGACCCUGCAGAUGGCCCAGAUCUACAUCAACGCCUUGUCCGAGCUGCUGGUGCCGCUGGACGCCUUGCACUUCUCGACUUUCGAGGACAGCGCCCUGACGGCGAUGAUGGCGCAGAAGAACCUGUCGCCUUCGCUGCCCGGGGGCAUCCUGCAGCCAGGGCCGGAGGAAAGUAGCAAAACUUCGCCCCGGUCCCACAGAAGCGACGGGGAGUUUUCUCCCCAUUCCCAUUACAGUGACUCGGAUGAGGCCAGUUAGGAAGGUGACAGAAACCCUGAACACAGACAGAGACAAAAUCGCCCCUUCCCCGUGCGCGGACAGCCCCGCGGCUAACGAUCCCCGCACCCUUUUAAUGUUUGCGCGGCGACGGUCGUUGUUUAGCAACGACUUGGCUUCAGAUGGCAGCUACAUUUGAUGGUUUGCAAAAGCCUCCGCUAUUCCAAACUUCCCAUCGUCCAAUGUU